CGGUCAUAUUACUUAAUUUCAGUGAUCAUAAAUUUAUUUAGAUUGUUUAUCCUGGAAUCGAGCCAUGGAUCAUUGAUAGUCGAUUGAACUAGAACACUAAGUCUUACUCGCUUUUUUUUAUGUUAAGCAGGGACAGUGUGCUAUAUUUUUCAUUUCAUUUCAUUUUGACAUUUAUUGAUUAUUUGGGAUAGUGUUAUAUAUGUGAAUACUUAAAUCUACCUAAACAGAAAAGAUUAAUAGGACUAGUAUAUCAAAACACCAGGAAGGGUUCAAGCAAUGGAUAAAUAUUCUAAGAGUGUCAAUGGAGAUACAGUUGCUUCCAAUUGUCACGUGAUACAACCGAAUAACAAAGUUCAUGCAGCUGCCAAUACCUCGAUAAAUAUUGAAGAUAAGAAAAUGGCAGAGGAAGAUGGAAAGACAGAAAUAGACGAAGAAGAAACGGAGAAAAAUGACGAGACCAGAGAGGUCGUUGAUAUUUUAACGGAAACAGAUUUUGAAGUAAAAAAGUUAGAGUUAUUGGAGAAAGCUAAAAAAGUAAUGAAAGAGAUUAACAACAUUCAACAUGAUCGGACAUCGGAUGGACAUUUGACCGAAAGCUUGAGAGCAAGCAUUUUAAAAAUCUAUAAUUCUUACUUCUGGCUUAAGAAAAGUUCAAUCAAACGAAGAACUGAGUAUAGACUGCUACUUGCCGGAGAGCUUAUACUCACCGAUAAUAACACUUUGGUGAUAUUCUGUGAGCUAUGUAAAACUAUACUUCAUUCUGGUUACAGAAACUCAGAAGGCAAACCGGUCGGAGCAAUAUUCAAACCCUUAAAGAACAUGAUUGUCUUUUUACAAAAUAUUACCGACAACAGGGACCCAAAUGUGUGUAAGACAAUUUUGGAGCAAAGUGAUUUUCUUAAAAUUUUGAUACAGAAACUACACGAAUGGAAAGAGCCACAUUUAAAACAAGAGCUAAAGGAAAAUGACAAUAUCUUACUAACCACCACUUUGGGAACUUUACAUAACAUUGCACAAGACGAAGAUUCUAUCCCGAAACUUAGGGAAAUCGGAAUUAUAGAAGCUGUUCUACCGUACAUUGACUCAUCUUCGGAAAUAAAACGACUUGCUAGUCUUGCUAUUCUAGCAAAUGUCGUCAAUGAGGAGGAAAGCAGGAUUCUUCAGAGUAAUGAUGACUUGAUUACAUUUAUGGUAAAAUCUCUUAAGAAAGCAAUGCACAGUAAAAUAAGGCGUUGUCAUGGAUGGUCUGUUCGAGAAAUUACAAGAACCGUAAGAAUGGUUGCCCGGAAUAAUGUAAAUAAAAGAACGGUUGUGACACACGGGACUUUGCCACUCUUGGUGGAGUUAGCAGAUCAAGCAAAAUACAUCGAAGAACAAAGAGAGGCAGUGAAGGCAUUGUGGACUUUAUCCUUUGACAAACAGAACCAAUCCGAAAUGAUAGAAAACAAGGAUAACGAUUGUGCCAUUGAUAUAUUUAUUCGACACAGUAAAUCUGAAGAUCUUGAGGUUAGGAGGACUUGUACCAAAGCUCUUUGGACGAUGAAGGAUGGUCUGAGAAGUUCUCAAUACUACCAGGAAAUAGUUGAAACUUUAAAAUUACCUGACGCAAGUAAGACCAGCAAGGCCACAAAUGACAGCCAUGUCAUGAUAAGUUACAACUGGGGCCAUCAGACAAUCAUGAAACAAAUAUGUAGUUUCCUUAGAAACAGUGGAAUAAAAGUAUGGAUGGAUAUUGAUGAUAUGCAUGGAUCUACACUCCAAGCAAUGGCGACCGCUGUAGAGAAAGCUGACAUUGUCCUCGUAUGUUUUUCACAAAAGUAUAAAAACAGCGAUAACUGUAGAGCAGAGGCGGAAUACGCAUUUCAGUUGAAGAAAAAGAUAAUACCAUUGAAGAUGGAGGGUGGAUAUAAAGCUGAUGGGUGGUUGGGAUUUAUUAUUGGUGCUAAGUUAUUUUACGACUUCAGUGGAAAAUAUUCUUUCGAAAACAAGAUGAGAGAGUUAAUCAAAGAUGUACAAACUUCAUUACAAGAAACAAGGGGCACUGAAUCCAUAUUGCCUAAUACUGACAUCAAAGUUCAGCCGUUGGUUAACAAUCAAGUUGCAUCGUUCCCAAGUACACCUUCUGCGAAGUCAACAAAAAUGGCAGUUGAUAUUGACAAAGUUAAAAAGUGGACCUCUCAGCAUAUUGUUGGCUGGCUUGAAAAGAACAGUUUACCAAGAAAUUUGUUGGGAAGGUUAACUGGUAUAGAGAUUGCGUUUCUUUUUGUCUUAGUAAAUGAGUCACCAGAUAUGUACUACAAGGUUAUUGGAGAACAGCUAGGCGUGAAAGAUAUACUGACCAUGGCCAAACUGAGAUUUGCUUUGGAGGUUUUGGAUACGAACGCAUGAUACAUCAUCCCACCGAGCAACAAUUUUAUAUUAAAAGAGGAUGUAGCAAAACUGGAAACAAUAUUGUCAUGCUUGGUCGAACGUUAACAAUUCUAGAGAAAAAUCCUUAUCAAUGUACAUAUAUUGGACACUAACUGAUAUAAGAUUGUGCCAAUUGUAAUACAUAACUGGUGAACACAUAAAG